GGUCGGUCGACAACAAGUGUAUCAAAGUAAAACCAAUAAAAAGGUCUACAUAUAAAAAUGUUUGUGGAUGUUAAUAAUGUAAGUCGCAGUUGUGCCAAAACACUACUUCUGUUGCUGAACGGAUGUUGCAUUCUCGUAGCGUUAUGCACCUUCAUUUUCGCUGUGGUGGACACCAAGAUACUUCAGCAAUAUGGCGAGGACCGGGCGAGUGGUACAUUCACUGGCGACAUCAUCAUUAUCGUCGCCUGCAUGUUACUCAUAUGUUUGGCUUCAUUUGGAUCUGUUGGGGCAAUGAAGGGAGAUGUCAAGAUACUAUAUUUCUACAUCGGUUUCCUCAUGAUCAUGGUGAUAUUGGAAAUGAUGAUCGCAAUAUACGUGUCCCUGCAACGCUACGGCCUGGAGUUCAAAGUGUCCGAGUGGUUGAGGGAAGACUUCUUCAGGAACACCACUGACGAUAUCGUGCAUAACGAUCUUUGGGAUAAUUUGCAAAUUACCUAUGAAUGCUGUGGGCUUAAUGGGCCCGAUGAUUACGAAGCUGUUCGUAAGCAGAUCAGCUUGUCAUGCUGUCCGCGUGCCUUCCGCGCCAGGACGGCAUACGCACGGCAACAGCUUUACCGAUCUUGUGUAGAGUCCUCCACUUUCUACAACGACGGCUGUGAAGAUGAAAUCUUGUAUGCAUUAAGAUCAGACGCUAAUUGGCUCGUUGGUGUUGCCAUUACGAGCUUUUGGUUUGAGGCAGCAUGCAUGUUACUCGCAAUGUGGGUGGCGAACAAUUCCAGAAAAGAAGUAUCAGUUUACGUGCAAAGUAUCAGAUACUAGACAUGUUGUAAAUGUAAAUAAAUAAUGAGUGUUCUUACA